AUGAUUUGUUACAAUCCUCUGAUAGCGAACUCUUCAAAAAGUAAACCUCAAAAUUUGAGGGACAAAAAACCUUGUACAAGAAUAACAAAUACAGGUCCAUCUCAAGAACACAAGGCUCCUCAAGACUCUUCAUCGGAAAUCCCGACAAAACCAUCUAGGAAGGAGAAAGGAAAAUGGGUAAGGAAGACAAAUAUUCCAAACAGAGAGGAAAGCUGGAAUAUUAUUGAGAAACCAGAUGGCAGGAAACGAAAGUGGUCAGAUGUGCAAAGGCCAAGUGAUACAACUGGUUUGAUAGUGGAUUCUCAUGGAAGAGCUGGGGGUCUAGCUUUACUAUGGCACAGAGAUGUCAAUGUUAGUGUGAAGAGUUUUUCAAAUUUCCCUGUGGAAGCGAUUAUUGAUGAGAAUACAGAUGACCAAUGGCGCUUGUGGGGUUCUAUGGACAUCCAGUAA